AUGUCUCAAUCACUGUUGUCUCUGUCUCCGACCAGCCUCAAGAACCUCAAAGCCGGCGAGACCAUCACGAUCUGGUACAAGGAGAAUGACAGUACCGACACAGUCAACAAGAGAAUCCUCUUCGAAGCAUUUCCCAAGAACGUCGCAACCACCUUCUCCACCACAUGGAAGGCUGAGUUUCCGCCAUUGAAAAAGAUGAGAACCGACGACAUCCUCAAGAACGGCUCGAAGAAGAGUGUGACUGUCGUGGGCGGGAACUUCAAGGUCUGGAAGGAUAUCCUCAACUGGAUGCUGGCUUCGUGUGAGGGCAAGGGACUUGAGCAGCUCAAGAUCCCCAACGUCAAACCAUUCACCUACCUCUUCAUCCUCCGCGCAUGUGCUCGUGUCAUUGAGUGCGAGCACCUUGUCACAGAGGCCAAUCGUCACAUGGAUCGCAUUGCCAAAGUUCAGAUCCACUCCGAAGAUGUCCGUGCCCUCUGGUUUCUCAAUCCUCCUGAUGCGGAAAUGAGACAAUUUCUCGCCGAGCACGUCGCCAUUCGCUUCUGGGAGAAACGACUCAAGGCAUACGGCGCGUAUCGAACCUUGCGCACGGAGAUUCCAGAAUUCAACCAGGCGAUCGAUGAAUUCUGCAACAUGAAGAAGGCUGAGCGCGCUGAAGAGAAGAAGAAGCUCUGGGAGCAGAGAAAGAAGGAACGAGAGAUCAAGCGAGCGACGGGCUAUGGCCGAUCAGGGAGGACUGCCGGUGACUGGAAAGGCAAGGAUGGAAACCGGAAGGCCGAAGAGUCCCAGGAUGGGGGAGAAACCAAGACCGUCACCUUGAAGAUGGAAGUGGUUCGCAAGGGCACCAAGAAGCAACCGACUUACGCAAAGUUGGAUUUGGGGGCAAUUGGCCUGAACAAGCAGCAAUUUGUGGGUGGCAAGUAG